AUGGUUCAAGAGGAUGAAGGAAUCGAACACAGUCUUUCGUUCGACAACCACGGAGAAUCACCGCAUCGUCAGCCGAGUGUAAACACCAAACAUCACAGGUUGGUCCGACAUCACGAGCUGUUAAAACCAGACAAGUUUGAUGGCACUGGGUGUCUAAAAACUUUUCUUAAGAAGGUCGAGUUAUGUGCUAUGUAUAACCAAUGGAGUAUGGACGACAUGGUAGCGUAUCUGUCAUGUUCGUUGACCGGUGAAGCUGCUGAAAUUCUUUGGGACUUAGUGGGACUAGGUUAUCAAAAAUUAGUAAAGAAGCUAGAAAACCGUUAUGGAACGAGUGGUCACGAAGAGUCGUAUAGAUAUGAGUUGCAGACUCUUCGGCGCAAACCAGGAAUUAUCACAAACGUUAGGAACAUGCAGGAUACAACAGAAAACAGGAUGAAGACAGUGGAGCGGCAAAUAAACGCGCUUCGUCAAUCGGUUGACGUCAUUCAAGACCAUAAGGUACAGUCAGCUGUCCCUCGGAUCAGGGGUGAAAAGGUUUGUUUUGGCUGUGGAAAACCAGGACACUUCAUCUCCCAAUGUCCUCAGAAAAAUAUACUAAACAAGUUUCAGUCAAGUAUCACCCCGUCCUCAAUGGUUGACGUCGCGAGGGUCACACCUACCAAAAGAUCGCUGAAGGCCGCUAACAAUACAGAGAUUUCAAUUAGGGAUGCACCGGAUUCAGGUUUUUCAAAUCCGGCCUGGGCCGGACUUGGCCGGAUUUAA